ACAGUACGCGUCAAACUGCGCACGCGUUUCAUACAAUCAAGUCAACAAAUGGUUUUAAUGGUUAUAAAUGCGUUUUAAAAAGAGCGUUAUAAAAAUACUGACGCUCUGUGUGUUAAUUGUGACAAUAUUGGGAUGUAUUCUAUUUAAUAGUGAAAACAUGACAAUAUCAAAUCGUAAGAUACACAGUCAAAUUUUUUCUCAAACAAGAGUAUUUUUUAAUAUAAAUAACCAAUAUGUACAUAGCUCUGGUAGGAUAAAAUAUAUUCUCCGAUGGACUUCGGAUCGUACUGUACCAUUUGUGUAUAUGGGAGAAGGAAACGAUGGAUUCCUUAAAAGGAAAUGUGCAUACACAAACUGUAUAGUGACAAACAAUAGAUCUUUAUUAGGAGAUUAUACAAAUUUCGAUGUUAUUGUUUUUAAUGGACCCGAAAUUAUUAAUUUACCGAAAGAAGAACUGCCACAAAAGAGAUCCCAACACCAGAAAUAUGUAUUUGCCUCAAUUGAAUCUUCAGAUAAUUAUCCAAUCUGUAGAGAUGAUUUUAAUCAUUUUUUUAAUUGGACUUGGACAUAUAAAUUAUCCUCCGAAGUUCAAUGGGGUUACAUGACUAUAAGGGACGAGAAUAAACAAAUAGUUGGACCGAAAAUAGAUAUGAAUUGGUUGGAUUUUGAAAGAAUGAAGCCAGUAAGUGAAGAUGUAAAACUAAAACUUGGAAAUAAAACAAAAGCGGCGGCUUGGUUUGUAUCAAAUUGUUUUUCCAGAAGUAGAAGAAAUGAAUUAACGAGAGAAUUAGCAGCUGAGCUCGCUAAGUAUGAUUUGUAUAUUGAUAUAUACGGAUCGUGUGGGCCUUUCAAGUGUUCCCGAAAUGAUGAGGACGCAUGCGAUAACAUGCUUGAAAGAGAUUACUUCUUUUAUUUAUCAUUUGAGAAUUCAUUAGCUGAAGACUAUGUGACAGAAAAGUUGCUGCAUCCAUUAAAACAUCUCACUGUACCAAUCGUUUAUGGCGGAGCUAAUUACACACGGUUCAUGCCAGAUAGCGCGUAUCUCAACGUGAGAGAAUUGGGAGUGAAAAAAUUGGCGGAAAAAAUGAAUGCACUGAUUGAAAAUCCUGAGGACUACAUAGAAUAUUUUCGAUGGACUAACCAUUACAGCUAUCAUACAAAAGCUGAAAGUAUAGAAACAGAUGAAUAUUGUAGAUUUUGUUCCAUACUCAAUGAAGAGGAUUUGGUGAAGAGGAAAACAGUUUAUGAAAACUUUAGUAAAUGGUGGGAUCCACCUUUAAGAUGUUAAACUAGAACAAACACUUGUGUAAGCCUUUAAAAAUAUUAUAACCAUUACAAGCAAUUGGAAUUUGUAGUACAGUAAAUAGAAAUAAUAAAUAAUUAUUCUCAUGAUAACAAUAAUUUACGACUGACUAUGGACGGUGAUUUUCAUUAAUAUCCCCAAAGAUGUUUUUCAUUAUCGUUGUAUUGUUCUUGAAGAAUUAGAAAUUUACAUUAUUCAUGUUGCAUACUUUAUGUUACAUUUUAUUGCUACCGAUUAUGAGAUUCAAUUUCUGUAGCCUUUACGACUUUUGCUGUUUUGCUGUGUAUGAACAAAUAUAUUUACAUAUUUCUCUAGAUAGUAGCCAUUAGGUUCGGGAAAAACGUAACGAUUUAGCACUUUACUUCAGUU